GUUGCCUUAACAGCCCUGGCAGAGUCUCGCAGUAGCAACAGAAGGCGUUCCAAACGGGAGCUUUUGGUGCGUUCCAAAAGAAGGUGGGUUUUGUCUACAAUUGAAGUAGGAGAGGAAGACCCUGGACCAUUCCCCAAAGUCAUUUCUCAGAUGUUUAAUAACAUGUCGGGAAACAACCAUGAGUUCCGUAUAAGUGGAAUGGGUGUGGAUGAGGAUCCAAAGGGUGUGUUCAAGAUCAAUUCACAGAACGGGAUGGUUUUUGCUCAGAGAUCUAUUGACAGAGAGAGAUAUCCUGAACCUUUCCAUAUCAAGUUUGAAAUCUAUGACAGAUUGAAGCAAGAACCAUUGGACAAGGAAUUGGCUUUUGAUAUAGAAAUAAAAGAUAUCAAUGACAAUGCACCUGCAUUUCUUGCACCUCAAAUACAAGAAAAUGUGAAGGAAAAUAUAGAUGAAGGGUACUUACCAGUGCAGCUGCAGGCCAUGGACAGAGAUCAGGCGAACACGACUAACUCCAAAAUAACAAUCAGUCUGAUUAAACAAACACCAGAAACACCUAAGAUUGGUUUGAUACAGCUCGAUGGCAGAAUGGCCCAACUCACCUAUGAGGGAUGUUUUGACUAUGAUAAAAUAAAGAAGUAUGAGAUUAUCGUUCAAGCACGUGAUCAUGGAACACCGUCCCUUUCCUCCACUGGUGUUAUUACUCUCAAUAUCUUGGACGCAAACACUCAUCAACCGACGUUCAAGGAGAGAAAGUACAAUGGGAUGGUAAAUGAAUCAGCCAUCCAAGAAGUGUUGAGAGUUGCGGUAGAGGACAAAGACACUCCUAAAACUGCCGCUUGGCGUGCGCAAUACUAUUUCAUUACAGGGAAUGAGGAAGGAAACUACAAACUUGAGACUGACCCCAUCACUAAUGAUGGUAUUCUGAGUGUCAUAAAGGGCAAGGAUUAUGAAAAAACAGUUUUGACCAAACUGCAGAUUGGAGUAAGAAAUGAAGAACCCUUCAAGGUUUGUAAAGAUAAAUCAGCUGCUGGAGGAAGCACACCUGAUUCAGUCGAGAUCUCAGUCAAAGUGAUUGAUGUCAAUGAUCCACCGGAGUUUAAGAACAGUCCAGCUGAUGUGUACCAGAAGGAAGAGGAAAAGCCAGGAAAGUUGCUGUUCACUCCAGUGGUUGUAGAUGUCGAAUCUGAUGAAUUCAGGUUUGAAGUGUGUGAGGAUCCAGCUGGCUGGGUGAGCAUUGACAAGAAAACAGGACAGGUUACAUCAGCUAAGAAGAUGGACAGAGAGUCUCCCUUUCUUAAUGGCACAAGCAUUUACAAAAUCCUCAUCUGUACCAUAGAUAAUGGUGACCCUCCAGCCACAGGUACAGGCACUGUCCUGAUCCACUUGGGGGAUAUCAAUGACAAUAAGCCUUACCUUGUAAACAAAGGUGUCAUUAUGUGUGGAAACAAGAAUAAUAACGUCAAGGUGACUGUCAAGGAUGAUGACGUCCAUCCUUACAGUGGACCCUUCACCUUCUCCCUGGGGGGUAAUGACAAAACUCUGGAGAAACAAUGGAAACUAGAUCCUGCCUAUGGCAUGGAAGGUGGUCUUGUUAGCCGGAACCCACUUGCUUAUGGUAACUACUCUGUGCCCCUGGUGAUUUUGGACCAACAGAACGUGAUUGGACAGGAUACUUUGGAAGUGAUGGUGUGUGACUGUGGAGAGAAAGACGUUUGCCGUGGCAAAAAGCCGCUCUCAACCAGCUUUGGGGCACCUGGCAUUGGACUGAUCUUUGCAGGACUCCUCUUGUUUUUGUUACUGCUCCUCAUCUUUAUGUGUCAGUGUGGAAAGGAGGAGUUCAAGCACGUGCCCAUGGUGGAAGAGGGCAACCAGACACUCAUCAAGUACAACCAAGAAGGAGGGGGCUCCGAAUGCAAGACUGAGCCCACUCUGCUCCUGACACCUACAAACAGUGUGGCUGUGACGGAUGGCAUAAAACAGGGCACCGUGAAGAUGGGUCAGAUGGCUUCAGUAAUGGCCCAGGACAUUGGUACAUACAACAGCUCAGGUUUCACCAUGAUGAACUCCAAUAUGACCUCACUGGGCAUGCAGCAUCAAAGAGACACUCUCAAAAGCAACAGAGGACAGGCCAUGUACUCUACAUGGAAUACAAACAAGACCAGCACCCACCAGGGUGGCUCAUCAUGGUACAGCCGCUCUCUCAGCAUGCGGUCAAAUCAACACAUUGCAGAUCACCUCGACAGGAGACUGUACAUGAUUGAGGGAAAUCACGUAGACCACCCACAGUACAAACCCCAUGAGUAUGCCUACGAGGGACAGGGCAGCAAAUGCCAGUCACUGGAUGAGUUGUCACUGAGCAACAUGGGAGAUGAUUUGAACUUCCUGAAUCAUCUGGAGCCAAAGUUCAAUACCUUGGGAGGCAUAUGUCACCAGACAAUUCAAGAAAAAAACAUACAGCUUUAAAGGGAACCGCUGGAUUGGGAUUUUUAUAUCAAUCAAGUUGGUCUUCGCUCCUAGUUUGAGGUUGUGAUUACGGACUGAUUUGACUGGAUCUUUGGAAAAAGGGAUGUAGCAUCACGUUUGGAUUUUGUGGUUAAACUUCUCACAUAAACUGGCUCACACAUUUUUAUAGCCAGAUAUUUUUCUAUAUUGGCAUCUAUCCACCAAACAAGGAUUAUGUAGUAGAGGCUGUAUUUUGCUUGCUUCAGGAUGGAAUUAAUGCAUUGCGCAAACUUUCUUGCUCCAGAGACUUUGAAAUGUUUUUUUCUUAUAGUGACUGGGUGAGUUCGCUUUUUUUACUUUAGGCCUGAUUUCUGUGGAAAUAUUUCAUAACCUCACUUUAUGCGACUUUAUACACAAUUGUUUUCUUUUGUAAAAGAUCCUGGAUAAAGAUCAGCAGAAAUCUGCCUGGUUGAAACUAUUAUUGUUUAACAGUAGCUGAGGAGUAGUAUUGUUCCUACUAAAUGGAGGUACUAUAAUUGUUAAUGAUCUAGUGAUACAGUGGUGUGUCAUUGACACUGUCUGUAUGACUGUAUUUUAGCAUUUGCUGUCUUGAACAAGCAUUAUUUUAGAAAUAAUAAUGGGGUGAUUCUUUUUUUUACCUAGAGAGAGGUGGGAAUACGUGUUCAUUUAUUGAAGCAAUUGGCAAUAAAAUCAUACCAAACUAGCCUGUCCUACUGUAUUAUAGUGUUAAGAUGUAUCAUUAAAGGGUUUUCAUUUUCAACUACUCACUUUCAAUUACUACUACUAAGACUAUGUCAUGAUAUUCAGAAGAAAAAGAGCUAGUCAGUGAGGGAGUGGCAGAAGCAGAAAUGUGAUACAGUGUGCAGAAAGGGAGGAAAGUGAGUUGGGUUGAAUGUUUUCUCACCAUGGAUAUUAUUCCAAACUCAUCUAACAUUGUGUAGCAUAAGGGAGCUACAUUCUGAACAAUGUUUUUAAAACCAAUGCUGCAGCUGUCUACAGUGUUGGUACUGAACAAUUAAAAGAUUGUAUGUCUACAUGAAGGUUGUGUUAUCACCAGUUUGUUUCAUCAACUCCUAGUGUCGAUGCCACAAGACACCUUCAGCCUGUGUGAUUUAAUUUGACAUGUUUUUGUGUUCCCUCUGUAAGCUGUUGUUGAAAGUUAAAAUGGGUGCCCUUUAUAAAUAAGCGAAGCUGUUUUUUUGAUUACGGGUGUGACACAGGGAGUAAUAUGCAAAUAUGGUACUUGUCUGAACUAGCCUGGCCAACACGCAUAACCAUAAAGAAACUGAAUGUUAGUUUCAGAAAGUUCAGAUUCAGCACAACCAGGUAAUAGAGGACACUGACAGUGCUGUUACCUCAGGCUAUAGCAGGAAAUAAGACAUAUAUAUGCAAGCACCCAACAAAAAACUGAUAUACAAAAUAUACAAGGGAGCAUGAAAGUAGCACAUAGGAGGAUAUAUUGGCAGAAAUAUAAUGUAAAGUAUGUUAAUUUGCAGUAGAAAGAUCAUUUACAUUAUGUUUGGGCUAUGGGCGCUGUGUGAACAGGGUGGCUCGUCAAGGUACAGCUGCUCUUUCAGCAUGCAGACAAAUCAACACAUUGCAGUUACAAUCGACAUGGGGAAGAAAACUGAAUCUACCACUUUGCAUGGUUGUUCACUGCCAUUUGUGUGUUAGGGUGUGUUUGAAUGGGUGGCAAAUUGUCUGUGUCAAUGUUUUGCUAUUAUGAUGUUUUUGUAUUAAUAUUACUGCUGUAUGCUGCUUUUUACUGUUCUAGAUGAUUAAGGUUGGGCUAAUUUUAACUACUUUGUAUACUGUUGGGUGGUUUAAUCUACAGCAAUGCCUAUUAUUCUGUAAAAUCAUCCUAUGUUUGUAUUGUCGCUGUUCUGUGAGAACAAUGUAUCACUAAAAAGUGAACUUUGCAUGAGCUCAGAAAAA